AGAGGGAAAUGUUUCCUCGCAAGAAACGCGACCUGGUUCAACAGCAACAACGCCAGGCACAGGGAGCAUCCCCGCUAAAGGCCAAUGACCAGUCAGAAGAACCGGACCAACCAAUAUCACUUCAGUGGCAAUUUGAAGCGGUAAGGGACAUAAAAAUUUGAAUGUCAAGAACCCUUUAAAGAAAUAUGCGACCAAAAGCACAAUUUUAGGAAUGUAAUUUACACG